AUGAUCAAGUCGGCUGCUGCGGUGGUCGCCGGACCAUCCCGUCUGCGAUCAGCAGUGUCAAUAGCGUCAACAGCAUCGCGAUCCGGGCAGGCUAGCUCGGCAUCGUUCGCGACGUGCUCCUCAUCCCGCUCAUGGCAUCAUCAUCAUAGAGACUUCGCUGCAUCUUCAACACGAUCUCCCUUGCGAAGCAAAGGCAAGCAACGAGCCAUAGAGCCAUCCACCCUGCCGCCAACGUCGUGCGCAUGCCAUUUCCAACAGCGCCGUCACCAACAGACGUUCGUUCGCACGCUCUCGCCAUCAGGCGGUCAAGCCCGCAUCCAACUCAAAUCCACCCGCAAUGGCGUCUUCGGUCUGUCGACCAGCCGUGGUACACGCGCGUACCAGGAAGAUACCGCCUCGGUCUCGUGCCUCCACGUACCCAUAGAAGAGUUGAGGCGCAACUACCUCAAGCUCCAUUCGCUCUCGUCGUCAGCUGCGGGCGCCGCUGCAGCGAAUGCUGCGUUGGAAUGGGAUCCGGAGAAGGCGGGGGGAGAAGAGCUGGCCGGCCAGGUAGUCUGGUUUGGCUGCUUCGAUGGGCACGGCGGUCAGCAGGUGUCGAGCUUUCUCAGGGACCAUCUGCAUACUACGUUCGAGACCGUAGAGAGCGACAUGGUCACAGACACGGUGCAGUAUACGAGGGAGCUUGGAGGGUACUUUCGUCGAUUCACGGGUGGAGUGUUGGAGCGAUGGGUGCGCAAAGAUAGACUCAAGCCGGUGCGAGCAGGUCCGGCGCCGGGGCGCAGACCUCCAGUAGUGGCUGCUGCUGCUCCUCCCAAGACGCAAACAGCCGAAGACAAGCAAGAGAGCUCCACUCGAACGACAGGCUCGGAGGAGCAGGUGGAUCAUUUGACGAAACCAGAAUCCUUGUCGGACAUGCUGAGCCAUGAAGGCAAACCACAGGAAUCGAGCAAGACACUUCUGCAGCCGACGCGUCAAGAAGGAGCCAUCAAGAUUGGGGGCAGCGCAGACGGGCUGGGCAAGAAGGCAACGGACAACCAGACACCAACAGGAUUUGCAGAACAGGGCUGGGAUCGACUUAUCGAGCGCAUCCCGCCUCCCGAGGGCAUGGAGAAGGAAACCAUGACGAUGGCCGAGCGUCUCACUCUGGCCUGGCUUGUCGCCGAUAGACAGAUCCAGUCAUCGCCCAAGUUGGACGUCGGAGGCAGUACUGCCUCGGUGGCACUGCUCCACUCGCUCGACAUGCCGUCGCUGCCAUGGUACUCUUCCGAGUAUGUGGGCGUGCACGUGGCGCACGUUGGCGAUACGCGCGUGCUCAUGUGCUCUGUCAAAGACGGCAAGGCUAUCCCAUUGACGAGCUACCAUCAUCCUGACGAUCGGUCCGAGUCUGAGCGACUGCGCAAGAUGGGCGCGGGCAUGAUCACCGACUCGUUCGGCGAGGCGAGGUGGAUGGGCGCGCUGGCCAACACGCGAGCGUUCGGCGACUCGCGAUUCAAAAAGGUGGGCAUCACGGUGGAGCCCGAGAUCUUUUCGCAGGUGGUGCGUGGCAGCGACUACGGCUUCCUGAUCGCGUUCAGCGACGGCGUGGGUGGAGUCAUGUCGGAUCAGGAGGUGGUGGAUUUGUGCAGAAACGCGAAACACCCAACGCAGGCAGCGCAGAACGUGCUUACGUUUGCAGAGGAGCUGGGCGCGCAGGACAACUGCACGGUCAUGGUGAUCCCGCUCAAAGGAUGGGGUCAGGUGGGAGGUCAGGAUCUGACUAGGGAGAGGCGAGAAAUGCGCAGGUCCAAGAUCGAUGUGUUCCGUGACAACCGCAGGUGA